CAAACCACCAACCAGAACCCGGCGCCCAACCUCUCACAAAAUGGUCGACAACAACCGCCCCAACACCGACCUGAACUUCCAAGGUAAAACGGUCCUGGUGACCGGCGCCAGCCAGGGCAUCGGCCGCGAGAUCGUCAAGCAACUGGUCAAAUGCAAGGCCACCGUGAUCGCGGUGGCUCGAAACAAAGAGCUGUUGGCGUCGCUCAAACAGGAGGUGCCCGCCGUCCAGACGAUACCGAUCGAUCUGACCAAUUGGGACACGGCCAGCUGCAUGCUGGGCAACGUCGGCGACAUCGAUAUGCUGGUGAACAACGCCGGUUUGGCCGUUUUGGGGCCGCUCACCGAGGUCAAGGAGGAGGAUUACGAUAGAGUGUUCGCCAUCAACAUCAAAGCCAUGAUCAACAUCACCCGGCUGGUGGUGAAGAACCUGCUGAAGCGCAAAGUGCCCGGCAGCAUCGUCAACGUUUCGUCGCAGGCCUCGCUCGUCGGCCUCGUCAACCAUUCGGUCUACUGCGCCUCCAAAGGCGCCGUCGACGGUUUCACGCGCGCCUGCGCCCUCGAAUACGGCCCCAAGAACAUUCGCGUCAACGCCGUCAAUCCGACGGUCAUCAUGACGGACAUGGGCAAGCUGGGCUGGUCGGAUCCGGCCGUGUCCGGUCCCAUGUUGCAGAAGAUACCGUUGAGGCGGUUCGGGCAGGUGCACGAGGUCGUCGACGCCGUGAUGUUUUUGCUGAGCGAUCGGGCGAGCAUGAUUACGGGACAUUGUUUGCCCGUUGACGGGGGGUAUGUGUCUUCUUAG